CUAUCCUAUUUAACCCCCGUACCUUCUCAUAAUCAUAUGUAACACUACUCGUGUCAUGUGUCUACUAGAGGCUCACUCGUACACAAUCUUUCCACUGCUAACUUUCUGGCCUAUAACGGGAAUUCUGCAAUCUUAUGAUUGAUAUUGACUUCCGACAGUAAUAUAUAAUGCAGUUUACGGACCCAAACUCAAGUUGUACUUAUUCCCUAACUGUUGAUCUCUUAUUCUUUUGUGGGUGAAAGAGAAUUAAUUAAAGAAGCAGGGGAAAGGACAUAGUACAUACUAGUUUUUGCUUUAUCAAGAAUUAUAUAAUAGGCCAAUAUGGUUGAUCUUGGUUCAGACGAGACUGCACAACCUUCAACUACUGUUAUAAACAUGUUCACUAAGAAAAAAGAGCUUCUUUCUAAUGUUAUGAAAAGGACCUCCGAAUGGAUUUUAUCCCAGGAGAUCCCAAGUGAUAUAACUGUUCAUGUUGCAGGAACUUCCUUUGCUCUGCACAAGUUCCCGCUAGUCUCAAAGUGCGGAUAUAUAAGGAAGUUGGUCGCAAAAUUCAAUGAUGCUAAUCUUUCUGUAUUUGAAAUCCCUGACAUUCCUGGUGGAGCUGAGGCAUUUGAAUUUGCAGCAAAAUUUUGUUAUGGAAUAAACUUUGAGAUAAGCUCAGGAAACGUCGCAUUGCUUAGAUGUGUAGCAGAAUAUCUUGAUAUGACAGAUGACUAUGCAGUUGGAAAUUUGGUAGGAUUAUCAGAAGCCUACUUAAAUGAAGUAGCACUUAAGAGCAUUGCAGAUGCAGUUUCCGUUUUGCACUCUUCAGAAAAACUUCUUCCAAUUGCAGAAAAUAUAAAAUUGGUGAACAGAAGCAUAGAUACAAUUGCAUACAUAGUUUGCAAGGAUAGCCAUUUUUGUAAGUCAGGUAGAAUAGAGGUCGACGCUAAUAGCUUGAUGAAUUCCUCCACGUUUUCAAAUCCGAGGACUGUUGUUGUUGAUUGGUGGGCUGAGGAUUUAACUGUCCUUAGAAUUGAUUUUUUCCAAAGGGUUCUAAUUGCUAUGAUGGCUAGGGGAUACAAACAGUAUGCACUUGCACCAGUAUUGAUGAUCUAUUCGCAGAAAUCCCUUCAAAAUUUGGUGAGUCCUAUCCCAUGA